UCACACAGGCAUGAAGCCCUACGAAUGCUUACAGUGUGGGAAGAGUUUCAGUCGGAGGUCAAACCUUAUCAACCAUCAUAGGAUCCACACAGGAGAGAAGCCUUAUAAAUGCUUAGAGUGCGGGAAGAGUUUCAGUGAGAGCUCAAGCCUUAACGCCCAUCACAGGAUCCACAGAGGCGAGAAGCCCUUUAAAUGCUUAGAGUGCGGAAAGAGUUUCAGUCAGAGCCAACAUCUUAAUGCCCAUCACUGGAUCCACACAGGUGAGAAGCCUUAUAAAUGCUUAGAGUGUGGGAAGAGUUUCAGUCGGCGCUCACACCUUAACACCCAUCAUAGGAUCCACACAGGAGAGAAGCCCUAUAAAUGCUUAGAGUGUGGGAAGAGUUUCAGUCAGAGCUCAAGCCUUAAUGCCCAUCACAGUAUCCACACAGGAGAGAAGCCUUAUGAAUGCUUAGAGUGCGGGAAGAGUUUCAAUGAGAGCUCAAGCCUUAAUGCCCAUCACAGGAUCCACACAGGCGAGAAGCCCUAUAAAUGCUUAGAGUGUGGGAAGAGUUUCAGUCAGAGGUCAAGCCUUAACAACCAUCAUAGGAUCCACACAGGCGAGAAGCCUUAUAAAUGCUUAGAGUGUGGGAAGAGUUUCAGUGAGAGCUCAAGCCUUACUGCCCAUCACAGGAUCCACACAGGCGAAAAGCCCUUUAAAUGCUUAGAGUGCGAGAAGAGUUUCAGUCGGAGCCAACAGCUUAAUGCACAUCACUGGAUCCACACAGUCGAGAAGCCUUAUAAAUGCUUAGAGUGUGGGAAGAGUUUCAGUCGGAGCUCACACCUUAACACCCAUCAUAGGAUCCACACAGGCGAGAAGCCCUAUAAAUGCUUAGAGUGUGGGAAGAAUUUCAGUGAGAGUUCAAACCUAACCAGGCAUCACAGGAUCCACACAGGCAAGCAGCCUUAUAAAUGCUUAGAGUGUGGGAAGCGUUUUAGUCAGAGCUCAAGCCUUAACACCCAUCUCAAGAUCCACACAGGAGAAAAGUCCUAG